CUGAGCUGAACUAAAGAGGGCGCCAAUUAAGUGUGCGCGGUAAUUUACGACUAGUGUGGACGUUAAUUUUUUUAGUUCCGCUGAAUCUUGGAUUAAUCAAAGAAAGCCAAGAUGGAGGUGGACAGUUUUGAUGAUCUGUUACGGGAUGCAGAGCAGCUGACGGCCAAUGUGGACAGCGGAGGAGAGCUACCUAGAGUAGAGCGCAACCUCCAUCAGAUUAUGGAGACUAGCCAACGUCUGUGGACCAAGACAGCGCAAGUUGGCGUACCAGACGCUGCCGAUGUCAAAGCGUCAAUUCUUCUUGGCUCCAAGGGACUAGACGUGCCUAGGAUCUCCCAGAGACUGGAGACAUUGAGCGCUACCAAGACGUUUGAGCCACUGGAACCCAUCGCAGACACUGAUAUACAGAGUUUUCUGAGAAAUGAAAGAGAGAAUGCUGUUCUUGCCGUCAUCCAAGAAACCAAAAAGAAUACCUUACAACAGACAGAGAAGCGUUUCUGGGAGACCAUGCAAUCAGAGUGGCAGGAGCAGAGGCAGCGGAUCCUGAACGCCCUGAUCAGCUCAGGGGAAGACUUGCUAGACAUCGGUCCUGACACUGAGUCCAUGCUGAGUGAGACAGUAGCCAUGGAUGGCCGUAGUACCAUGGAUAGCGUGGAGAUGGCUUAUGCUAGACAGGUUUAUCUAUAUAAUGACAGAGUUGUGCAUGGCGGUGUGCGACCCAACCUGAUCCAGCUAUUUGAGCAAAUCAGCCUUCAGUUUGAAGAUAAGCGUGUGAGUGAGUUGUGGGCUAUGGUCAGAGAGAUGACGUCAGUACCGCUGAUAUCCACAGUCGAUACAGUGCAAGCUAGGAGCGCACAGGAAAUGCAGAUGGCGUUUGUACGACAGGCACGGAGCUACCUAGAAAACAGCUACCUGAAGUACAUCAGCACCAUUGUCGGAGAGAAUCUACAACGAGCCCAGGUCGGUGGCAUCCCAGGAACCUUCCAUCGAGUCCAAGGAUUUAUGAAAGUCAAACUGCCGCAUCCCGUCCCUGGACUUGAGGAUGGUGAAGUCAAUGGCCAGCCUGUAUGGCCUAUCAUCUAUUACUGUCUUCGCUGCGGAGAUCUCGAUGCCGUGUUGCAUGCCGUACAGAGAGCAGCUCAGGAUUUGGGUGAAUUUGAAGAAUACUUGAAGGAGUACAUGGAUAGUGAAGACAGAAGAUUGUCUCCAAACAUGCAGACCAAGUUACGGAUACAUUACCGAUCUAACGUCAGAAACAGCCCUGAUCCAUACAAAAGAGCUGUGUACUGCCUCAUCGGAUGUUGUGACACGACCGACAGUCAUUCCGAAGUCAUCAGUAAGACAGAGGACUAUCUCUGGCUCAAGCUGAGUCAAGUCAGUUUCGUUGAGGAGUCCGGCCCCAGUUCCUUGGACCGUCUGACCCUCCCACAGCUACAGACAACCCUGCUGGAGGAGUAUGGAGAGAAUCACUUCAGCGCUCAUCAAAACCCUUACCUCUACUUCCAGGUCCUGUUCCUCUCAGCUCAGUUCGAGGCGGCCAUUGAGUUCCUCUCUCGGUCAGAUCUGCGACUGCGCUGCCAUGCCGUGCACACAGCCAUCGUCCUGUAUGAGAUGGGGCUGCUUGUUUUGCCAGCAAAUAUCCAGACGCAAGUUUUAAGCAAGCAUUUGGAUGACCCGUCGCCCAUGAGGAGACUCAACUUUGCCCGUCUCAUCAGCAUGUACACAUCCAAGUUUGAGAAUACAGACCCCAGAGAGGCCCUGCAGUAUUUCUACUUGCUCAGAGGUCUUAAGGAUCACCAAGGAGAGAACCUCUUCAUCACUUGCCUGAGUGAGAUGGUGAUAGAGACCAGAGAGUUUGAGACCUUACUGGGCAAGCUGGGACAGGACGGGACCCGACGGCCUGGCGCCGUGGAUAAAUUCCAGGCCAACACUCAGCGGAUACUGGAGACGGUGGCCCGGGAUACGGAGGCUAAGGGACUGUUUGAAGAUGCCGUCAAGCUGUACGAUCUGGCCAGGAAUGCAGACAAAGUUCUUGAAAUCUUGAAUCGGUUGCUGAGUCCGAUUGUUGCAGUGCCUAAGAGUGGACAGUCCAACAGACAGCGGCUGCAGGCCCUAGCUGUGGCUAUUGCUGGACGGUUCCAGUCUCAGGCUGUCACCGGUAACCAGUCCAACACCAAGUCAUUCUACCUUCUUCUUGAUCUCAUGACAUUCUUUGAUGAAUACCACGGCAGAGAGCUCGAUCGGGCUCUAGAGACGAUAAAGACGCUACAGCUUGUGCCGCUCACUCCAGAGACAGUGGACGACAAAGUGAAUGCCUUCAAACAGUACACGGAUGAGGUGAGACGCAACAUGCCUGACAUACUGCUGGCCACGAUGAACAUCUUACAUACCAAGUACCGGAACACACGUAACACCACCCUGCAGAAUGCCCAGGGAAGACCCACGGCCCGAUCCGAGGAUGGUGGCAAGGAAUCGUACCUUGCUGAUCUGAGGAGGCAGGCCAAGUCUCUCAUCACCUUUGCUGGAAUGCUGCCUUACCGAAUGCCUGGCGACACCAAUGCAAGGCUGGUACAGAUGGAAGUACUCAUGAACUAAACGAAAGAAACCACCUUCACUCUAAUCUGAAUUCAGAAUAUCACAGCCAGAUUUUUUUUAACAAGGAUAGGACUUCAGAAGGUGCUGUCACUCCAUUGGCUCCAUAGCGGGGAUAAGAAGCGGAAUAAUGUUUCCACAAAAGGCCAUUGUUUUACGUGUUUUAUUGCAAAUUUUUUUGCACAAUUUCCAAGAAUCUUCCUGCAAUGUUAUGAGUUUGUAAACAAUGCUGUUAACUUCAUCACAGGAAGAUUUUGGGUACUUUUAAGUUAUUCAGAAUCCUGCGACUAUUUCUUGAUGCAACGGACCUAUUGCGGAUAAUUUUUUUGUAAUUUAAAAAUAUUUUGGCAAAAUUGUGACAAAUUAUCAAAGUAAAAGGACUCUUUAGGUACAGUUUGCAACAUGUUUAUGCACAUACAUGCAUGUUGGCGGAUAAAAUGUUAACGUUCUCAUGCUUUGGGAGAAAUACUUGGAGUUCAUGAUGGGAUUUGAAGUAAAUGGAAACUUUUGAGUAAGUUGAGCAUUACUUUUGUUCUCAUGCAACCUAUAGUUUAAAUUGAGAUCUUGUAGGAUCCAUUUCAUUGCUAAGAACUGAUACAAUUACUGGAAACAUGAAAUGUUUAUUUGGAGGAGUUUUGUAUCAAUAAAUUUUGUAUGUAAAAUGU